CCGAUAUGGAAAAAGUCGGCUGAGUUGGCAGACUGCGGACAGACUAGACAUUAUUAACGCGAAUGGGGUAUGUAACGACAGAUCCAUCUUCUGGAGGACCGAGGAAUCGGAAAAUUGGUUGAAUAAUUUGAAUUCAAACGAGUCUAAAAUGUCUAAGAGACAUUUCUCAUUGCUUUUUCAAUCGCUGGAGGGAAUUCUUUGAGGGUUUGAGGACAAUCUGCACUCUGAGGGGUGACAUAACCUCAAGAAUUACCGGUUAAUUGAGAGAAUUAGGAUUCAUUGAGAUCUAGCAUCAUGACGUCGAUACAAAGUCUAGAGGAUGUCAUUAACAAGCAGGUGCAGAGGAUCACUCAGCUGCAAAUGGCUACUGCAUUCCUGCAAAAUAAAGAGGAACUAAAAGAUGUCUUACUCGAUGCAAAGCAGGACAUCGAGUUAAUCAAGAAGGGCCUUUUCGGUCAGGUGCAAAUUUUGGAGAAGAUGAGGAAUCAGAACGAAUUGUGUAAGACGUUGAGCUCCAACUUGUUGAGUCUCGACAAGAAAAUCGUCCGGAUGAGUAACAACGUUCCUGAGAGUUUAUUGGAGCUGUUGGCCAAGGCCCAGACCCAGGGGAGUAAGGCGCCAAUAACUACAGUCUCAGAGGCCUCGAAGAAGGACCAUAACACCCUGGAAACGAAGGCUCACCUCGUGGUCAACGAUAUGAACACGGAGGAGGUGAAAGACUGCAGGAAAGCCCUCUUCAGAGAGGCUGACGAUUUGUACAGCAUUGAUGCCCUCACUGAGGACGAGUUCUCGAAAAUUCCUAAGUACAUGAUUGGCAGACAGACUCUGGUAAACGUGAAUGCCUUUGUGGGGACUAUCAACCAGAUCAUGAAGGCCAAGUACAGUCUCCUCAGUCUGGGUAAAACUGGUGCGAGAAAAAAGGGAGAAUUGGAUCUGUAUUUGCAGUUUAAGAAGGAGGAGAGUGAUGUAAAAGGAACUUCAAGUGAGAAAAUUUAUUUCUUCUCUGCUGAUGAUUAUCUGAGAGAAACCAAGCUGAAAUUAGAUAAAACGAAAUUGAAUCUCAUGACAGUCUUGAGACACUGCAAGAGAAUCCAUGAGCUUCGAUCCGGGAAGACGGUCAGAUACCAAGUGAUUACGAGUCUCUAAACGAUGUUUUCAUUUUUAUACUUUUAUAUUUACUGUUCAACUGUACAUUGAUUAAUAAAUAGCUGCGUAACAAUCGUUGGCAUAUCAACUUA